AUGAGACUAUUAGAUUUUUUACCUGAAUACGUUGUUAGUAGUCUCUCGGCCAUUGCAAUUAUGGGAGAUUCGCCCUAUGGUUUAGACGAAAAGAUAAUGUGGUUCUUUCGAUGCUUUGGUUGUCCAUUUGAUGGGCUGUUUCACUCUCUCAACGUAGGAGGUAAAAAAGAAUCUUGCUGUUUCUGGCUUUCAAGAAGUUAUUUUUUAGAAGAAGGAACAGACGCAAAAUUACCCGUUCUAGAAAGAGUUUCUUUAUUGAUUACAUCAUACUACAUAAUAGUUGGUGUAAUAGAAGGAUUUUCCAUGAUGAAAGGAACGAUCGUUUGUAAAGAUUGGGCAUAUUUGCCUUUAUUAUUUUCCUGGACCCUUCUUUCAAUUUGGAAAAGAGGAAUAUACGGGAUUCAAGUAGUUAAAGAUCCUAAAGAUUUUUUUAAAAAUAUAGAAAUUGUGGAAAACAAUCUUAAAGAUAAACUUUUAUUACGUGCGAAAGUUACGAUAACUGCUUUAUUUUCAAUAGUUUAUCCUUGGGUGACAGUACUUAUCGUCUAUCUUACUCCACCGGUUGGAUAUUAUUGUCGUAGCAAAUAUGUAACAAUAAUCUGCUCUAUCUGGUCAUUUAACAGUGUUUUGGCUAUUUGUUGCCAUAUAAUAGGAGAAAGUGAUUUAAUCAUGUCUAAGGAAAGCGAACCUAAGAAAAGCGUGUCUGAGGAAAGUGAUCUUGAGAAAACUGAGAGCGUGUCUGAGGAAAGUGAUCCUGAGAAAACUGAGAGCGUGUCUGGGGAAAGUGAUCCUGAGAAAACUUUGAUCGGGUCUGAGGUAAGUGAUCCUGAGAAAACUGUGAUAUGGAAAUGCAUAAGGAAAUUCGUUGUGGAAUGGCAAAUAUUCGUUGAGAAAUGGAAAAAAUUCGUUGAGAAAUUGAAAAGGAUGAGGACGUUACAUAUAUGGAAUUCCAUGUGUGGUUUGAUAGUGACAAUUCUCGUGUUAUUUCUAGGAAUUUUUACCGGGUAUAACACUUUGUGGGUUGAUUUAUUCGGGGAUGCUUGUGAUUUGUCGAGCAUAGGAUGCUAUUAA